AUGUCCCCCCCCCCCCGUUCGACAACACCGACGCCACUACCACAGCACUCUGGGAACGACUCUCUUCUUGUCUACCGGUGUCGGCGGCGGAGGGGGGCGGCGGCUGGGAUUGGAUCUCAGCGGAGUAGUUCCCUCUUUCUCUACAGGGAGAUCUCACAUUAAGGAUAACGAGGAGGGACAAUAACUUGGACUAACUAGCAAAUAGUGGGGUGGCCAGGUCGGUGGGAAAUGGUCCAGCGCUGGCCUGGCACCAUGGAAAUCCAUGGACAGUGGUGAAUCCUAGCCUGCACGGCCGCUGUCGCAUGCCAGAGAGCUACGGUUCUCAUAGCAAUGAAGCCCCUUCAACCGCAUCCAACUUGCAAUAGUGCUUGCAUGGGUGGCGUAAGCCCGUCCCAUCUAUACACACGCACGCGCAUAUAUUUAUAGAUAUAGAUGGAGAUAGAAAGAGAGAGAGAGAGAGAGAGAGAGAGAGAGAGAGAGAGGGAGGGAGCACGAAAAUUAGAGAUGAGUAACUUAUUUAAGAGUCGAUUUUUCCUAUGUGACGUCAUCGAGCAGUUUAGGGUCUGAUGUUUUAAAAACUAUUUCCAUUUUGUCCUUUAACGACGUGGGUCUAUUUCUCUACAGUAAACAACCAGCGCUCCUGCUUUCCUUUUGACUGACCCACCAGAGAAUCUACCUCCUCGCCACUCAUUUAUUUCACGAAUGUACGGUUGAAGACGAUCCAUAGCCAUGCAUACCUACCCGGUCAGAACGUUGGCAAGGUUCAGACCCUCUUCGCCCGCCCCCCCUUCUCUCCCUCUCUCUCUCCCUCUCUGUCUGUCUGUCUCUCUCUCUCUCUCUCUUUCUCUCUCUUUCUCUGUGGCCCGGCCACGGAACGGCGGACCGUUGUCGCCGGCUCCCUCCGCCGUGAACAAUCAUACGCACAAGACGGCAAGUGUAUUCGUGGGGGUACGGAUUCCGACAAGGUCAAGUGUUGAGGGGCGACGUUGACCGACGAGAUACCGGAAAAAAGAAGUAUAAAUAUCUCACAAAGAACAGCAUGCAACCUACUUCAUUCCCGGAGAACUCUUACGUGCUGGCCCUCGUCAGCGUCUGUCGCUCUACACCCGUUGAAUGUGAUCUCAAACCGUUGUAAGGUGCUCAUCGUCCGACAUAUGAACAUGGACGAGUUGGGAUGAAGCCAUCGCCAAUUGGCAUACAAUUUGACGGAAGUUUGGUCUAAUUUCCUGAUAUUGACUAGGGUUUUUACUUGGAGAAAUAUACAUUUCAAGAGAAGGCAGGCCUUUUCGGAUGUAUUAAUGGGUCUGAUGAAUUUGGAGGUUGGUUCCAUUUUUCUAAACAUGCAGUUCAAAGAUCAAGCUGUGAAGGAAAAUAUAACCCAAUUAACUGGCCCAAGUUUCUAUGAAUUUCAUCACUACUAUGAAAUAUCUCCCCCUCCCCUCCCGUACUCUUUCUCCGGUAGUUGUUUGUGCGGGGUCAGGAGAUGACUCUCUCGAUUGAUCCUGGGCUUUAUAAGAUCAGAUCCACACCAGAACAGAUAUAUGAUUGAUUCUGGGGCAUUUUACGCAUUUUUUGGGGAAAUGAACUGUUAUUCUUCAAUAAUCAGUUCCCAUUUCCACACGCCAUCACUCCUAAUUUCUUCUCUCGAGUGUUUCUUGGCGGAUAAAUGAGUUUCUUGACGAUAGAUACUCGACUCUUAAAUCAGCGAGAGGAAUUUUUAAAACGCACUCCACUGAAUAUUAAGAAUUCACACGCGAAAUGACUAGGAAUUUUCAUACCGUAAUCUCCCUAAUUAUUCGAAGAAACCCACCCAUCAAGAGUACAACAAUGACACCCCAAAGAAAGAGAGAGAGAGAGAGAGAGAGAGAGAGAGAGAGAGAGAGAGUAGUGAUUUAAAAAUAGUGUUUCUAUCCCAAAACACUGUCUAAACUCUGGACUGCCGGAUGCCCAACUUGGGCCUGCCCACUUCAGCCACCUUCUUGAGAAAUAUCAGUAUCAUAGUCUUCGGAUGACAGAGUCAUAAAUGUUGUACUGGUUUUCUGAGCCAACUCUGCGAUUGGUCUGCCCUCCAGGACAGAGGGAAACCCGUCGAGAAUCCUGCUAAAGCGACAGCAGAGCCAUGUCCGCAACACGGAGUCUCCAAUGGAGCGAGCAGGCUAUAAUAAUAAAUGAAGGGGAUGGCGGGAGCGAGUCCCGCGACUCCGUUUGGUCUGGUGCACGAUAGCGCAUGGGGUGUAAGGAGGGGGUGAACCGAGCUCGUAAACCAGAUCACACCAGGUUCUAGGCGAGUCUCUGAGACCUUCCCUUGGUGGCGGCGGCAGCUUUGUGAGAUCUUCCUUUUCUCUCUUCUCGUGCGAAGUCCACGCCACUAAUAUCUUGAAGAGGCGUGACUAAUAUCUUGUACAAGGUAUCACCAUUUAGAGUGAGAAAGAGAGAGAGAGAGAGAGAGAGAGAGAGAGAGAGAGAGAGAACAGCCGUCCGCAAAAACUAGAGCCGACUGAUUUCUCUUGGCUAACGCUGGGGAAGGGCAGAAAUGGGAGGGAGAGCGGCCACCACUGACAGGUCCGAGAUGUUACCUCAGUAGCGACACAACAGUCAGCUUCGUUCCUGCAGCGGCUGGCCUACCACCAAAAUAUCGUCAUCACGCUUUCCCCCCCCCCGUCCCCAAAUGAUAAGUGGCAUCUUUUUCGACCCAUUUUCAAGAGGUGCAGUGCAUCAUAUACCAGAUGUUCCGGGAAUAUUUGAAAUUCUCCAUUUCCUCCUAACAAAAGAAAACACGUGGACUGUUCCAACGUGUUAUCGAAGGCCACCACUCAGAGCCAUGCCCUUACCCUCCAACCCUUACGAUCAGAUCGCAGAUCCCCCCUCUUUCUCUCUCGGAGACCAUCAGACUGCCUAG